UGCGGGGCGGCGGGCGGUGCGGCCGGCGGGCCCCGGCGCUGCUGAGCGAGGGAAAUGUGAGCCGGCUGCACCACUGCGGCGGCACUGCGGGCGCCGGGCGGCAGCGGAGCGGGAGCGCGCAGGCAGCGCCCGCGCCCGCCGAGCCCCGCGGGACAGCGGGGACGGAGCCUGCCCGCCUGCACCUGCCGGAGCGGGGCAGGGGGCCGAGCCGCAGCCCCCCGAGCCCGGCCAGCCUGCGCCGUCGGCCGGGGAGUGUUGCAUCAGCCCGGCGCGGCGCGGGGGCUCGGCGGCCGGCGGAGGCGGCGGGGGGAGCCGGGGGAGGGCGAGCGGAGCGGCGGGGCGGGCGGGAGGUGCCUCCCCGGCGGCGGCAGCGCCGCUACCUGCCGCGUCCCCCCCGCAGCCGGUCCCCGCGGAGCAUCCGGAGCCGGAGGAGCCGGCGAGAGCCCAGCGCCGCCAGCCCCUGCCUUUGUGCCCGGCUCCCCCCCCGCGCCGCCGGGACAGCCGCCUAAGGGGGCGGCGGGGCCGUGGGAAGCGCGGCCGGGAGCCACGGCCCGACCGGGAGCGGCGGCGAAGACGCGGCAGCAUCCUUGGGGAGCCGGCACCGGGCACGGGCAGCGCCUGCAUCCCUCUGCCUUUCAGAUAACCUUUACCCGCUCGGGCCUCCAAACGGGCACCGGGGCCGCAGCAGGGGGGGCCGGAGGCUUGAACGGGGGACGCGGCCGGCCCGGGACCCCCGCCCGCGCACGGCGGGCCGAUGUAGCAAGCACGAAGCUGAGCUGGGGCCAGAGGCGCCAGGGACGGAGGGGAGAAGACACGUGGCAGCCCCCACAGCAGCCAAGGUGAGCUGCCCUCCGGCACAGGAUGCUCCCUGAGCCCCUGCCCCGUGGGAGCUGCCGGUGACAGUGACGGCAAGUGGGAGAGCCGGGAAGUCAGAGCAAAGGAAUUUGCAAACACAUUCUUCAGCACCACGAGGAUCCACAGCAAGUAAACAGGAACAAAGGCUGGGCGGAGGCGGGGACCAAGGUGAGGUGGGGGCUGCCUCUGGUUCCUGCAAGACCCCCACCACACUCUCCUGCCCUGAGCAGCACCGGUGGGUCCCCAGUUUACCCCCAGUUUACCGUUCCUGACUGGAGCUGAUCCGGUGUGGGAAGUGCCAGUGAAGACGAAGCUGGGAGCUGUCAAGUGACCGCCAAUGUCACAUUAACAUCCCAGCAAGGCACUGCAGGGAGCUGGCACUUUGAUCACCCGCUGAAGAGCAUCCUCCAAGGCAGGCAGGAUACCGCUGUGAGCCUUGCCUUCCCCUGCCUGCCCUGGCCUCGCACCCAGCACCUGUGGGGCUGGCCGGAGAAGAGGGGUGCAGGAUCCGUGGUGCUGCCCCAUCUUCCCAGGAUGCUCUCCCAUGCCAGCAGCUGCUCCCCAUGCUCCUGCUCCGCAGCCAGACCGAGAUUGAAAGCUCAGCAGGCUGCCAGCAUGUUUUAGCCUCAUGCAGGCGUCCCUCGGAGACCCCAGAGCAGUGGACAGUAAUGUGAAAACGAUACUCAUGUCGUGUCUGAAAGGGCAACAGGUCAUCAUUAAAAUGGAGGCGAUGAAAAUCAUUCACCCAGAGAAGUUUUCGGAGCUGCAGGCCUCGCAGCCACGCUAUACGCCGGCCCCACGCCGCGAGCCGCCCCUCGUGGCCAAGCGUGCAUGGCCCUCUGAGUCCGAGAUCAUUGUCAACCAGGCAUGCGGGGACAUCCCUGCCUUGGAUGCCACCCCUGGACCCCUGCCGCUACCCCGGACUCCCCCCCUGCCGCGGCGAGAACGUGGGUACCAGAGCCAGCGGAAAGGCAGCUCGGAGGUCUGCUACCACCGGCAGCCGCCGUCGGACGAGGUGAUCGUCAACCAGUACGUGCUGCACCCCUCGACGCCCUGCGAGCCCCUCGAGUGCCCCACCUGCGGCCACAUGUACAACUUCACCAACAAGCGGCCCCGCAUCCUCUCCUGCCUCCACUCAGUGUGCGAGGAGUGCCUGCAGAUCCUCUACGAGUCCUGCCCCAAGUACAAGUUCAUCUCCUGCCCCACCUGCAAGCGGGAGACCGUCCUCUUCACCGACUAUGGGCUGGCGGCGCUGGCCGUCAACACCAGUAUCCUCAACAGACUGCCGGCCGAGGCGCUGACUGCCAACCCCGUCCAGUGGAGCAGCGACACCGACCGCAGCUGCUACCAGACCUUUCGCCAGUACUGCGGGGCUGCCUGCACCUGCCACAUCCGAAACCCGCUGUCUUCCUGCACCAUCAUGUGAGCCCCGCGCCCCUGCCUGCACCUCCUGGCAGCGGGACGGCCGGCGGGUGGGAGCGGGCGGCCCAGCACUGCAGCCAGUCCCUAGUCCCUUCUUUGCCAGUGGCACAGCCCGGGGAUGCUCUGAUGCUCGCCGUGGCCAAGGAUGUAGGACCUGCGUCUUUGCCAGCACUGGCAGGGGGAGAAGGGGACACUGGGACCUGGUGGCAGCCCCCUACACCCACCCUGGUGGUACCCAGGGAGAGGGACACUGGGAUGGGAAGCACAUCUACCAGCGCAUCCAGGGGCUCCGGCUUCCCCUGGUCCUGUGGCAGGUGACCCUGCUGUGCGUCAAGCAUCUCGUCGUGCUCCUUCGCUGGGCGCCUUCUUCCUCCUCUCUCCCCAUGGCUCCCAAGAAUGGACGUUGGGUCCUGACCAAAGUGACACCCUCCCCAUCACACUGCAGCUGCCACUGGCAGCACAAGGAGCCCUGGAGGUGCACGGUGCCACACUAGGGUGCCCAGCCGGCAUGGGAGGCGAGGACAGGUCCCCAGCUGCCCCCCCACCCCUCUUCUCUGUAAGUUAUUUGCCAAAGCUUUCAUCUCACCGGCCAAGCCGCCAUGCGCCCGAGUCGUUGUAGCCACACCAAGCCACACACUGGCCCCUCGGUUGCAAGCAGACAUGCGGCCCGUUUCCUCCGCAGGCCCUUGAGGAAAGCUCCACUUUAUCCUCGUUUUGGAGGAUUCUUGUUUUUUCCCCAGCUGUCCCCGGCCGCCCCAUCCCAGGCCGCUACAUGUUCACAAAGGCAUUGAGCUCUGCCUGUUCUCUGCCGCUCCGCCUGGGGCCCUGCACCGAUGCCCUGUGGGAUGGCUCAGGGGAGCAGCAUGGGGUCCGGUACCCCAAAUUACCAGCUCCAGCGGGGGAAUUGGGCUGGGCAGGGGGGCAGAGGUCUGGCUCCGGCCCAUGGUCCCUUCCUUGGAGCAGCACCUCUGUUCUGACACCGUGUGUGGAGGGGCUGGCAGGGCAGCGGCCUCCUGUGCACAGUCUUGCCUUCUCCAGGGCAGCUGGAGGGGUAAGCUUGCUGCCAAAAAAGCAAAAAAAAUAAACCUAAAAAAAUAAAGAAAAAGCCAUAAUUUGUGGGUGCUCCUGUGGGGCUGAGCACCACAACCCAGCACGGCUGCAGCACCAGGGGCACGCAACCGCUCAGUCCCAGGGCACCAGGGCUGGGCGAGCCAGAGGGGCCGCACAGAGCCCCACACUCUGGAGGACAGAGCAGCCCUGGCCCUGGCCGAAGCCCAGCAUCCAUCCAGGGAGAGAGGCUGAACCAUCCCCCCGGCCGCCCCAAGGGAGCAGGAGCAGCUGAUACCACCAGCGCAGCCCUGGGUACCACCCCGCUGCCAGUGGAGAAUGGGGGCCAAUACCGUUUCUGUGUUGCUCUGCCAAUGCCUCCCGCUGCUGGUUGUGACGAUGAUCAUGUUUUAUACCCGGCCUUGUUCUAACCCCCAUCAGUCUCCCCAAUAAAGAUUAUAUUGGAACGAA